AUGCAAAUCUUGUCUUCCUUCUAUUUAUGCAGGAUCUAUCAUAUGUGGACUUCAGCCAUGCUUGUCUUAAAAAUAUAUUCUUCUCACGUGCAAAUCUCCAAUGUGCAAAAUUCCGGGAUGUGGAUGCUGAGGGGUCCAUAUUUCAUAAUGCAACUUUGCAUGAGUGUGAAUUCACAGGGGCUAAUCUUCGUGGAGCUUUACUAGCUGGUGCUAAUCUACAGAGUGCUAAUCUACAAGAUGCCUGUUUGGUAAAUUGUAGCUUCUGUGGAGCAGACCUGCGCACUGCACACUUGCAGACUGCUGAUCUCACAAAUGCCAACUUAGAGGGAGCUAAUCUGGAAGGAGCCAAUUUGAAGGGUGCGAAACUAAGCAAUGCUAAUUUGAAGAAUGCAAACCUUCAACGAGCUUAUUUACGACAUGUUAAUCUUCGCGAUGCACGUUUGGAUGGUGCCAAGCUCGACGGUGCUAAUUUGCUUGGAGCAAUCAAGUGAUAAUGGACUAUGGAGCAAAGUUGUAAAUAAAUACACUUCUAUUAAUUUUCAUUUCUGUAAUGUCUACUCUCUAUUGCUCGUGUGCAAAAUAGUGGGUAGUCAGACUGUUAGUCAUACAUUUGAACGGUUGAUAGAGUGGCUUGUAUAUAUAAUUUGAAUCAGUAUACCUAAUUCUUUGCUGUUAACUUCGUAAUUAUCUC